AAACCAGCUGCUUUCUAUACACAUAUUUUUCAUGUUUUCCGGCUUUUUAAGUGUUGAAAAUUAAAUAGAACAAUUUAUAUAUAAUAAUGGGUCUCCUCUCGGAUCCCUCAUUAACGCCGCGUGGAAAAUUUGGGCGUACAUUAGCUAAACAUAGUGGAAAAAUUUCUUUGUUUUUCUAUAUAGCCGGCUUGGCUUGGUUCGUUUGUCUGUCACACCCUGAAUUCAGCCAUGGUACUUAUUUAUCAGAAAAUGCGCUCUCACCAGGACUCGUUGAUCCGGAAAUCGGACAAGACUCUGUUCGUCUCGCACAAACUUUAUAUGAAGAGCUACAACGUGAGCGUACCGAUCAUAAAUCCACUACACCACACGCUUGGAUCGCAGCAAAGAUGCAUCAAAUUGGACUCGAAACUCAUGUGCAUAAUUUCACACUUCGCUAUCCUUUUAGCGCAGGAAAAGAAUAUCAUGGCAAAAAUGUGUAUGGAAUAUUGCGUGCACCACGCGUUAGCUCUACUGAGGGUGUGGUAUAUACGGCGCCAUAUCGGGCUGUCAACUCUGUGCACACCGACAUAACGGCUAGUGUCCCAAUGUUAUUAGCAUUUGCAGAUUUUGCACGCAAAAAAAAUUACUGGGCUAAAGAUUUGGUAUUCCUGGUAACCGAACAAGAACAACUGGGCAUGCAUGCCUGGUUGGAGGCUUAUCAUGAAGGCGGCAUAACAGAUUCACCAAUUUUGCGAUGCGGAAAUCUACCAGCACGCGCGGGUGCGCUACAAGCCGCACUUAAUUUAGAAAUACAAGAUCUAGACAUUGAUUACAUUGAUGUAAAAAUUGAAGGUUUGAAUGGUCAGUUGCCGAAUUUGGAUAUGUUCAACUUGGUGCAACGUCUGACGUCGCGCAGCGGUCUUUCAUCUGGUUAUAAGCAUACGCCACGCAAGAAGCGUCGCUCCAACCGUGACUCAUUGGAGGAUAAUUUACGUCACAUGGUAGAAAUGUUAAAAAGCCAAGCUACCGGUGUACCCAACGGUAAUCACGGCCUAUUCCAUCGUUACCGCAUAGAAUCGCUGACACUUGAAGCUGUGAAACGCACAACCAACACCAAUAACAGCAAUCGUUAUGGCACUGCACUCUCACUUUUGAAAACAGUUGAGGGCAUUUCACGUAGUUUAAACAAUCUACUGGAACGUUUUCACCAGAGUUACUUCUUCUAUAUAUUAGUGCAGAAUGAUCGCUUCGUUUCGAUAGGCGAUUAUAUGCCCUGUCUUAUUGCCUUAGCUAGCCCCAUGUUCAUUAAGGCUUUUCUGCUUUGGCUAACCACCACAAGCGCAGAUGACGCAACGUCAGAGGAAGAGGACACAACGGCACAUGAAGAAAGAUUACCAAUGCAUUUACCUUACAUUUCGGUGCUGCUUUACAUGGUCGCAGCGCUACUGUUAGGCUUCUUCUGCAACACCCUACCAUACAGCCAACAUGUCCGGGACUACUUCAACUCUAUGGGCGUUAGCACCCAAUGGAGUGUUGGUCUCAUUUUGGCUGUGCAAGUACUACUAGGCAUUUUAUUGCCACUAUUCUACACACUCCCAGAGGCCGGUCUUGAAUUGCUACAUAUUGGUGUGUUAAUAUUCACGGGCGUAGCACUGAUCGUAACUGGACUGUUAAAUUUCGCUUUGGGCUUCAUAUUGGCGGUGAUCAUCUCUCCGGUAACAAUAUUACUACAAAGCGAGCACGUCAACGGCUUGCGUCAGAAAUUAACACGUAUUUACACAGUUCUGCUCAAUCCUAUGGUUGUCAUAUAUUUACUAGUAUUAUGGCUGACUCUUUUUGAAUUCCCGGAAUUGGCAUUGAAGGAUAUGGCUGUGCGCGCUAUUAGCGCCUCUUUGGAUGCGAUAACAUAUGGUCUGAUGGACAGUAUUAUUUAUGGCAAUUGGCUAUACACGGCGAUUGCUGCUAUUUAUUUCCCAUUGUGGAUUUUGUAUUGGACUUUGGCUUUGGGCCGAAAAAGCUAUGCUGUGACGGCUAAUAAAAAAUUUAAUUAAUUUUUAGUAUGCCAUACUUUCCAGCGAAAGUUUAAUUUCCAGGAAUGUAGUUAUGUACUUGCUUCGCUUAUACUAGUGUUUGAAAUAAAAAAUAUCAACCGAUUCAUUCGUGUAGAUUCGUA